AUGCGGCCUCUGUCUGCUUUUCCCACGGCCAGUCCCAACGUAGCCACCAUCCUGGCAACUCCACCACGACAUGGCGGCCAUGUAAUCACAGUGGAAGGCUCAAUCAGAACUAUUCGAAACCAGAAGCAACGCUCAUUCGUUGAACUCGGCGAUGGGUCUACGGCAUAUUCCUUACAAGCUGUGCUAGAUCCUCAACUGGCUGAAGGCUUAGGCACGGGGACUUCAGUGGCCAUCACGGGUACAUGGCAGGCUGCUCCACCGCACAAGGAACAACCGUAUGAAUUGAAGGCGAAGGCGGUGAACAUCAUCGGUGCGACGGAUGCAGAGAAGUAUCCCAUCCAAAAGAAAUACCAUAGCGCCGAAUACCUCCGAACGAUUCCACAUCUUAGGCUGCGGACUCCGGUGAAUGCACUGCUCGCACGGUUGAGGUCUGAGUGUGACUACCACCUAGCUAGCUAUUUUAGAGAUCGGCAUUUCGUUCGUGUGCAGCCACCCAUCAUAACUUCGUCCGACUGUGAGGGGGCCGGCGAGAUCUUCACGGUAUCUGCAAAGCCAUCUAGUAGCCGAGGGGAAGAUGAGAUUGAGGCUGCAGCGAGGGAGAAGGAUGAAAUGUUCAGGGAUCCAAAGUUCCUGACCGUUUCUUCUCAGCUACACUUGGAAGCUUUCAUACACGAGCAUCAGAAAGUCUGGACAUUGUCUCCAACAUUUCGGGCAGAAAAAAGCGACACUCCGCGACAUGUGGCUGAGUUUUGGAUGCUGGAAGCGGAAAUACGGACCGAAAGCCUGAGAGAUGUCAUGAAUCUGGUUGAAGACAUGAUCCGAGAUCUAGUGGGCAAAUUACAGGAAGCGGGCUUCAUGGAAGAGAUCUUACAUGCCAAUCGAGGAGCGAAGUCUGCUGACGCUGAAGGCACGCAAUUCUCACAAUUACUUCGCAAACGCUGGCAAGGGCUUAUGCAAUCACCCUGGCCUCGAAUUACCUAUGAAGACGCAAUCAAGCGCCUUGAGGAUGCGGUCGAGUCAGGGAAAGCAACGUUUGUGUACGAGCCAUCCUGGAUCACUGGCUUACAGCUGGAGCAUGAGAAGUUCAUUUCUACAACCUUCGGCCAAGGCAGCCCGGUGUUUGUGACUGACUAUCCUCGGGAGACCAAGCCUUUCUACAUGCUCCCGUCAUCACCGGAGGAUGGUGUUGAACCAACGCAAAACAAAACCGUCGCCUGUUUUGACCUCUUACUGCCUGAGCUAUGUGAAGUAGUUGGAGGGUCAAUGCGUGAACAUCGUCUACAACAACUCUUGAAGUCAAUGCAUAGCCAUGGUCUGAACUUUUCAGCGGCAAGCGGGGUUGGUCAAACCAUAAUGAAUUCUGAUGUGUCGCCUUCCAGUGAGAAGGGCAAUCUCGACUGGUAUGCCGAUCUCCGUCGAUACGGUAGCGUUCCUCAUGGCGGAUUUGGACUCGGUUUCGAUAGGCUAUUGGCUUAUCUUUCUGGAAUCAGCAACAUCAAAGAUGUCGUCCCCUGGCCCCGCUACCAUGGUCGUUGUGAUUGCUGA